AUGAAGCUCGUCUCCCGAUCUUUCUGUACGCUUGCGUGGACGUGCGGAGCGGCGCAGGCCUGGAGCGUGGCACCCCGCACCGUCGCCCGCAACCGUCCGGCCUGGGUCGCCGCACGCCACCCCCAUACACCCACCGCGUGCGCGUUUUCCACGACGACGCGUCUGGCGGCGACACCGGCGGAAUUUGCGCAAACAGAAAUCGACACGCACGCCGUGGUUGUCUUUUCCAAAUCGCGUUGUCCCUUUUGUCUCGCCACCAAGAGUCUGCUCAAUGAUUUAAAAGUGGACGGAGUGAUUGUGCACGAACUGGAUCAAAUGGAUGACGGAGCCGACGUGCAGGCUGCCUUGGCGACUCUUACCGGACAAAGGACCGUCCCCAACGUUUUCGUGGGCGGACAACACGUCGGUGGCAACGACGAUACCCAAGCCGCCGCGGCUUCGGGGAAAUUGCAAGAUAUGCUCGCUGCCGCCCAAGCCAAAUAACACAAUCUCCGCACACUUGCGAUCUCUGCAAAUAAAACUACUUAAAGACUGUACGGACAAAGGACGAGUUUCGAGUUCCUACCGCGAACUAUAAUUGAAACGGUUUAACCCCGUAAACAACAAUGGUUCUACU